AUGUCUCACUUAUGUCAAGGGGCUAUCUACAUUUCAAGCGCAGAAGAUAUUCAGGAAUCAAUUAAUUGCGCGAACCAAUUAGACAUUCCGGUAGUCGCCAGAUCAGGUGGUCAUUCUUAUGAAGAUUAUAGCCUUGGCGGUAGAGAUGGAGUAUUGGUCAUAGACGUAAGAGAGUUAAAUCAAGUUACUGUUGAUCCCGAGUCUCAGACGGCGGUAAUAGGGAGCGGCAAUAGGCUAGGGCCGAUUUACGCUAAACUAAACGAAACGGGGUUUUUAAUUGCUGCCGGAUCUUGUCCAAAUGUAGGAAUUGGUGGUCAGGCCACAGGCCGAAAAUAUGGAAUGCUAUCGGACAACGUGAUCGCCGUUGAUAUAGUAACAUCCGAUGGCACAUUCCUCUCACCCGUUAACUCCACUCAACAUCCGGACCUUUUUUUCGCUCUCCGAGGUGCAGGCAAUGCCGGAUAUGGGAUAGUUACAUCUUUUACAAUUAAAGUCUACCCCGUGCCGUCAACUGUCACCAUUUUCAACUUUACGUAUGCCACGAACGAUGCACAAAAAAUUUUCAAUGCAUUCAGCACAUUUGGACCACAAUUGAACACGAACUUCUCUUUUUACCUUUCUCUCUUUCCCGAUAUAAUUUACGAGGAUAACGACUGUGACAAAAAUGAUGAUCCCGACAAAUUGACCAUUCAUGGGUCGAAUUUGGGAACUCUCGGUGAAACCAAGGCAAUUUUAGAAGAAUUUGUCAAUACCACAAAUCCCAUCAAAACAGUAUUCAUAGAGGGAGGCUGGUGGGACACGGUCAUUGAAUAUAUUGGUGAUGGAAACGAGACCACAGUAUUGAAACCGUACUUUUACCCCGAACCAUUUAAACAAAAGUCAUUCUUUGUUAACUCUCCAGGACUUUCUUCAGAGGGCUUAACAUUUUUGCAAAAUUACAUCAACUCAUCGAAAUGCAAAACCGUAGUUUUAAUUGAACUGUAUGGCGGCGGUAGGGUGAAUGAGAUUUCGCCAGACGAAUCCUCAUUCUUUCACAGGGACUCUUUGUAUUUAAUACAAUUAGAGACAAAAUUAAAGGGUGUUGGUCACGAUACGUGGGAGGAAUGUUUGGAAGCAGUUAGAAAGUUUGGAAUAGAGUUUCAAGAAAAUUAUACUUCAUACCAUAGCUACCAAAAUUACAUAGAUGGCGAACUAAGUGAUUGGGGAACCAGAUAUUAUGGAUAUCAUUUUUCGAAGUUGAUUGAGAUCAAGGCAAAAUAUGAUCCUAUAAAUAGAUUUAACUGGGCACAAAGUAUUCCAAUCAAGUAA